AAAAAAAAAAACUCAGAAAAAAAUACACAACAUCAUCAUCAUUAUUUUUUUAUCAUAUAAUCGCCAUCAGAGACAGAUAUAGGUCUCAAGCUCUCCAAUUUCUCUCUCUGUUGAUUUUUAGCUUUUCUAGAACAUCCCACAUUUUCCCAUUUUAUUCUUCUCCUCCCCUUGUUGUUGCAUUUAACUUACUCUCCAAUCCCUUUUUUUUCUUUCUUUGUUUCAUCAAGAUUUGACCCUUUUCGUUUUUGAUCCAUGAUCAUACCUGAAUUUGUGACUUAAACGCAAUUUAGGGUUCCAAGAUUGAGUUUUUUUGGUUGUUAAAGCUGAAAGAAGAAUUGGGUUUCUACAUAAGUCAAAAGGGGUAUUUUGUUUAUGGUUAAUUAUUGUUAGAAGACAAAAAAAAUGCUAUAUUUGGAGCAACUCAAGUGUGUGGUGAUGUUUGUUGCUACGAGUGUAUGUACUGUUCGAUAAUUGGAUUUGGGUUUUCCUUCUUUCUUGGUAUUUGAAUGCUGGAAUAGUUGGUUCCCGAGCCAGGGGCUCGGGUGUUGAUUGUAUUAUAUUGGGGUUAUCUGUUUAAUUAUCAAUGGCAGCGUGUGAUAUGGAGCAAAAACAACAAUAUCAACAUGAACAAGACAUCUUUUCCCCUCCUGGUCAGCCUUCACCAAUUCAAGAAGGGUUUAUGCAGAAAUUUAGGCUCUAUCAAACUCUGUCGCAAUUUUACAUGAUAGGAAGGGACAAGAGUAGAACAUACUGGAGAGUGUUGAAAAUUGACAGGACAGAACCUUCUGAGCUUCACAUGCGUGAAGAUUCAACUACCUAUACUGAGCGUGAGUGCUCUGAUUUGUUGAGAAGGAUACAUGAGGGGAACAGGUCUACAGGAGGUCUGAAAUUUGUCACUACCUGUUACGGCAUUGUCGGGUUCAUCAAAUUUCUGGGGCCUUAUUAUAUGCUGCUUAUCACUAAAAGGAGGCAGAUUGGUGCUAUUUGUGGUCAUACUGUGUAUGCUAUCACUGAGAGUGAAAUGAUCCCACUUCCGAAUGCUGCAACAAGGUCAAAGAUAGUUAAUUCUAGGAGUGAAAACAGGUACAGGAAACUUCUUUGCAUGGUGGACCUUACGAAGGACUUCUUCUACAGUUACUCAUACCAUGUUAUGAGGAGUCUACAGAAGAAUAUGUGCGAUAAUGAGACUGGACCAGACCUGUAUGACUCCAUGUUUGUCUGGAACGAAUAUAUGACACGGGGAACAAGAAAUCUCCUUCACAACACUAUUUGGACAGUAGCAUUGGUUUAUGGAUUCUUCAAGCAGGACACCCUGUCACUCUCUGGGCGGGACUUCAAGUUGACUUUGAUAGCAAGACGUUCACGUCAUUAUGCUGGUACCAGAUAUCUGAAGCGAGGCGUAAAUGAAAAUGGUAGAGUUGCGAAUGAUGUUGAGACUGAGCAGAUUCUAUUUGAGGAUGUCCCUGAAGAUUUCCCAGUGCAAAUUAGUUCUGUUGUUCAAAAUCGUGGGUCAAUCCCACUCUUUUGGUUUCAGGAAACUUCACGACUAAAUCUGAAGCCUGAUAUUAUCUUGUCAAAGAGGGAUCAGACAUAUGAAGCAACGAGACUUCAUUUCGAGAAUCUUGCUGAGAGAUAUGGGAACCCCAUAAUUAUAUUGGAUCUGAUUAAGACCCAAGAAAAAAAGCCUCGGGAGUCUAUCCUUCGCACUGAAUUUGCUAAUGCAAUUGAAUUCAUCAAUAAGGAUCUAUCUGAGGAGAAUCGACUUAGAUUUCUCCACUGGGAUUUGAACAAGCAUUCACGAAGCAAAGCUACAAAUGUUUUGUUUUCUCUGGGAAAAGUGGCUACAUAUGCAUUGAAUUUGACAGGUUUCUUCUAUUGCCAAGUUACACCAUCUUUAAGAUCUGAGGGGUGUUUGAAAUGGCCCACUUUUGAAUAUACUGCUGCUAGUAAUGUGGAUCCUUUGAGACAUUUUGAUCCUGAUGUUGAGAAACAAUAUAAUAAUGGCAAUGGUGAGUCAGAUAACUUGGAGGGGAAAACCAAUGGGUGUAACUACGUUAGUAAUGGCUAUCUGAAACCAGCAAUGUUCCAAAAGGGGGUGCUGAGGACAAAUUGCAUAGAUUGUUUGGAUCGUACUAAUGUGGCACAGUAUGCAUAUGGAUUGGCUGCUUUGGGUCAUCAACUCCGUGCAUUAGGAGUUACAAAUUCAACAAAGAUAGACCUUGAUGAUCCUUUGGCAGAAGAAUUAAUGGGGUUCUAUGAGAGGAUGGGUGAUACACUUGCUCAUCAAUAUGGUGGCUCUGCAGCUCACAACAAGAUAUUUUCAGAGAGGAGGGGCCAGUGGAAAGCUGCAAUUCAAUCACAGGAGUUCUUUAGGACUCUUCAGAGAUAUUACAGCAAUGCCUACAUGGAUGCAGAAAAACAAAAUGCUAUUAAUGUGUUUUUGGGAUACUUUCAGCCUCUAGAGGGUAGACCUGAUAUAUGGGAAUUGGACUCCUAUCAGCAUUACUAUGUGGGUAGGAAUGGGGAAAGCUAUGUUGGCGACAAUGGAAGGUCGCUCUUUCAAAGAUCAUUCUCAGAUGGAAACAUUCUUCAUGAAAGUCAAUUUCCCCUAUCAACUCGGAGUAUUGGAAAGGGGCAUUCUAAGUCUAACAUGUCUAAUCAGUCAAAAGAAGGAAGCAACUUGUUCUCCGAAUCAACACCAGAAAUGUCAACUUGUGAAAGUGAUUUGACAUAUUCAAGGUAUGCUCAAACAGUUCCUACAAGACAACUUUUUGUAGAAAUGCAAAGAGAUCGAUCCCUUGAACCACAAAAUGCAGAUGCAUAUGACUGCUCCAACUUUGUUGACUUAGAUUGGUUGUCUUCUUCUGGGAAUUCCUGUGAGGAAGAGUUCUUGGACAGGUAUUUAUUCACAAACUCCCCAAUAGGUGGACUAUCAUCAGAGAAUGUUAACAGUGACAUAGUGGGGGAAACAACCCCGCUCUCCAGUGAAGGUGUAUGUAGCAUGAAUGUUGGUAUUUCAGUUACUUCACAAGGAACAGCAAACGCUGGAGCAGAGGCAUCCUACAGUGAUGCCCAGAGUUGUGUAGUUGUUGAGGAACUUUCAGAUAGUUUUGUACGUUGGGUAAACCAUGGAGAGACCCUUUGUCAUUGAGCCGUUGAACAUUGUAAUUCAUGUCUUUCCCAUGAGUCGUGUUGGUAAAUGUGCCAGCGCCUUCAGCUCAUUCUACCACUGAGCAUGCCUCAUGUUUGGAGAAGUGUCUGCGUGGGAAUCCUAGGAUGAAACGCAACAUUUGUUGUAUCAGCAUUCUUUUUACCAAUAUUACCCGACCGAGCAAACAAUCUAGGCCUGCAUUUAUAUGAUUGUGAAAAUGGUCUGUCUAGUCGGAUACCAUUAGUACAUAGUCAACAGUUAUAAGAUUCUUUCUGGAACUCCUUUCACAGAUUGUAGGUUCCAAUGUUGUACAUAGACAGAUUUGACUUGCUAGCACUUCCAUUCGACUUAUUUUAGGUCAAUUUUUCAUUUCAAACACAUACUUGUAUUGGAAAUGACAUCUAUAAUCGUGGAAUAAGCUGUUGAGACAAAUUUACAUUU